GGGGGAAGGAACAUUUUUAACCACUUCCCGUCCGGUCCAUGUAUAUAAACGGCCAGACGGGAGCAGUGCAGGGGCGGGUGGCCGUUUAUAAACUUCCUCCUCACUUCCCUGCUUGUGCGUGCUCCCUGGGAGAGCACAGCACCAUGAUCCAGUGCCUGCUGUAUCUGGAGGACACAGCAGAACACUGAUCAUUGUACGGGACCUCUGUGUGAGCUCGGUCAUGUGAUCAGCUGUGUCCAAUCACAGCUGAUCGCAUGUAAACAGGGAAAUGCCGGUUAUCGGCAUUCCU